CCUCCAGCCUUAGCGAGGAUCUUGGACCUCGCCUGGCUUUGGUCCGACCUGGCUGUAGAGCACAUGCCCAGCACAGUGACCUGAUCAUGACAGAUCAGGUCAGCCCAGAGUCCGCACAGGUGACCUCGGAGCUCACCUGUGAGUGCCCGGAGCCCCGAGGCUGUCCAGUCCAGCGGUAGCUCAUUGGCGACCUACUCUUUCCAUCCCUGGAAAUGUCAGGAGCAGGCCUUCAGGCAUGGCUGUAUCCAGGAAGGGUUCGUUUCAGACCUUUGGAAAGGAUGUGUGCAUCACGGGUCAGUCGGUGUACCCUAGCCUCCGCACUGUCCCCCAGGAGUGCUUGUGUUGCCAAUGCUAUGCCAAGUUUGGGGGCCACCUGCCUGUGCCCCGGGCUGAUGCGCUGCUGCCCUACUGGGUGCCUCUGUCCCUGAGACCACGAAAGCAGGUCUCGAAGAUGAUGCGGUGUUACGUCCCCAGAGCCGUGAGGUCGUGCCGGUGCUCCUGCCACUGCUUCGGGGGCCGUCUUCCGAUGCCCAGGGACAGGGCCGUCAUGCCCUACUGGGUGCCCCAGGGGCUGAGGUCACAGAAGAAGGUGGCGAAGAGGCUGGAGAAUGUGAAAGACACUCCAGGUUUCCCCCAGGACUCGAGCGGAUGGUACGGCUGUUGGCGGAUCUGUGGGAACCAGCAUCUCCUCCUCAAGUGGCAGCGGCUCCAGGCCCUUUAUCAAGAUGAGCUGCCAGGCCUCCAGGAGGAUGAGCCCCAUGCCAGCCGCUUAGGCCUACUCCUACCCAUCAGCUUCAAUCUCCUGACCCUGCUGCAGGCGGUCCUGAGGGCCAUCAUGGCCAUUCGUCAUUUGUUCUGGGACUGAAUUGAAGUCUUCAGCUACUGUCAAGGUCCUCCACAAGAAUGUCAGUCCCAAUCAUGGUCCCUCAAGGGAAGCCCUCGGCUCAGGAGGACCUGUGACACUUGCUGUUCCCACACAAGAUAAGAUCUGCGCCCGUGGUCCAACCUGAGCUAGGAACCGUCACGUGACUGCUCGUUGAAGGGGAGCUGGCACGAAUGUCCGCACGAGUCUGUUGUGAAUGCAGCCAAUAAAUGUUAUUUGUGAAACUCUAAA